UGGUUACAGUUGAGAAUAGACAGAGAGAGUGUGAGGGGGCACCUUGCGUUCAGAGUUUUAUCGUCGUCUAAGUUUAGAUCUUGGCUCAAAGGAGACUUCUCAAGUAACAAGGCUGCCGGCUCACUUCAGCCACUCCACACUGAGGCAGAAAGCGAGCUUUAAAGGGAGCCUUCAAAGCUACGGGAAAGUGGGGAGUCAGGGCGAAAUAAGACAAGAGGCAGGGGAGGGGCCCAGAACACAGACGAGGAGAGGCGAGCGCCAGCAGGCAAAUCAUUCUGUUUGCAAACAGCGUCCUCGCCACCUGAGCGCGUCAUCUCUGUCAACCUGCCGGGACCGGACGAUGGCGGAGGAACCAGGAGUGGAGGUCGAGUCGCCUGUGACCUCCAGAUCUGAGCAACAGGCUCCGCAUUUUCUAAGGGACGUCAUCUUUCACGGCAAGUUCAGGCUGCUGAAGGCCUUAACCCCCGAGGAGAACGUGCACAGCCAGCACGGCCUCUACUUCCAGGAUGGGGAACGGCGGGUGGACUACGUUCUCACCUACUCCGCGAAGAAGCCGGGCGGCAGCCGCUCCGGCCGCCAGUCCGUGCACCUGCUGGCCGAAAACGCCGUGGCCCGAAGCUUCCGCCGCGGCCCCCACGGCCGGGGGCCGCGGCAGCAGCAGCAGCAGCAGCAGCAGCAGCAGCAGCGACGCCGCCCCCCACAAGGCACAAGGGACCCGGUGCACCCGCCAACGUCACCUGCGGCCGAUGUGGAGGCGGGCGGCGCGGGAGAAACCUCCAACGGCCACGAGGACCACAAGGCCUUCAGGAGGGAGGAGUUCGAGGGGAAACUGAGGGACACGGGCCUGGAGCUGGAGAAAGACGACACCAAGAUUUCAGGGGUGGGCUUUGUAAAGAUUCACGCUCCCUGGAACGUCCUUUGUCGAGAGGCUGAGUUCAUGAAGCUAAAGAUGCCCACGAAAAAGGUGUAUGAAGUGAAGCAGUCAGGAGGUGUUAUGGACAAGAUCAGCUCUCUGGUCAGCAAGGUUCUGGAGCCGCUUCACCCACAUAUUGAGGAACAUCAGCCCAAGAACAUCAAACAUCUGUCACACACCUUCUCCAGAGAAAAGCAACACUUGUUUGACCUUUCCGACAAAGACUGCUUCUUUGACAGCAAAACCAGGAGUUCAAUAGUUUUUGAAAUACUGAAAAGAACGAAGUGCAAGGCCAAGUACAGCAUGGGAAUCACCAGCCUUCUGGGUAACGGAGUCUACACAGCAGCUUACCCUCUGCAUGAUGGGGAUAUCAAUGACAGUGCAGAGCCCAAUGACAGAAAGCUGCUGUAUGAGGAGUGGGCUAACUACAGUGUCUUCUACAAGUACCAGCCCAUCGGACUUGUGCGGAAGUAUUUUGGAGAGAAGAUCGGCCUGUACUUUGCCUGGUUGGGUCUGUACACGCAGAUGCUGAUACUCGCCUCUCUAGUAGGAGUCAUCGUCUUCCUGUACGGAUGUGCAACGGUCGAUGACAACAUCCCAAGCAUGGAGAUCUGCCAUCCCAGAAACAACAUCACCAUGUGUCCCAUGUGCGACAGAGUGUGCAGUUACUGGAAGCUCAGCUCGGCCUGUGGCACCGCCCGCGCCAGUCACCUGUUUGACAACCCCGCCACUGUUUUCUUCUCCAUAUUCAUGGCUUUGUGGGCUGCCAUGUUCAUGGAGCACUGGAAGAGGAGACAGAUGAGGCUGAACUAUGAAUGGGACCUGACAGGCUUUGAAGAUGAGGAGGAAGCUGUUAAGGACCACCCCAGAGCUGAGUAUGAAUUCAGGGUAAUGCAGAAGUCGCUAAGCAAAGAUCGGAGACCACAACACAAGAUGGACAAGCUCACCUGUCAGGACCGGCUUCCUGCCUACAUGACCAACAUCGUCAUGAUGCUGUUGAUGAUUGGCGUAACCUUCGCCAUCGUGUUUGGCGUGAUCCUCUACCGGAUCUCCACCAAGGCUGCCCUUCACAUGAGUUCCAACCCCACCACACGGAACCACGCCCAGCUGACGGUGAAGACCACGGCGGCCAUCAUCAACCUGGUGGUCAUCCUCAUUCUGGACGAGGUGUACGGCGCUGUGGCGCGCUGGCUCACCGUGCUGGAGGUUCCUAAAACAGACAAGAGUUUUGAAGAACGACUCAUCUUCAAGACCUUUAUUCUGAAGUUUUUCAAUGCUUUCACACCCAUCAUCUACAUCGCCUUUUUCAGGGGAAGGCUGGUAGGCAGACCAGGCAGCUAUCUGUAUGUGUUUGAAUCCUACAGAAUGGAAGAGUGCACUCAUGGAGGCUGUCUGAUGGAGCUUUGUAUCCAGCUCAGCAUAACCAUGUUGGGAAAGCAGCUAAUUCAGAACAACCUUUUUGAGAUUGGAGUGCCCAAACUGAAAAAGCUGAUCCGUUACAUUCGGUCAAAGCGAGGUUCUUAUAAAGAAGAAGAGAGACAGAAGAAGCUGCAGAGAUAUGAAACUGACCACUUUCUGGAGCCAUUCGCUGGGUUAACACCGGAAUAUAUGGAAAUGAUCAUCCAGUUUGGUUUUGUUACACUGUUCGUGGCCUCUUUCCCCCUGGCUCCGCUCUUUGCUCUGCUCAACAACAUCAUCGAAAUAAGACUGGAUGCUAAGAAAUUUGUGACUGAAUUACGAAGACCAGUGGCAGCAAGAGCCAAAGACAUUGGUAUAUGGUACAACAUAUUAAGAGGGGUUGCAAAGGUUGCCGUCAUCAUUAACGCGUUUGUCAUCUCCUUCACGUCAGACUUCAUUCCUCGAAUGGUCUACCAGUACAUGUACAGCCCCGAUGGCUCCAUGCAUGGGUUUGUCAACCACACGCUGUCCUAUUUUAAUGUGAGCCACUUCCAGGAAGGCAUGGAAACCAUGGAUCCGCUGCACCUCGGCUAUCGCGUUGACAUUUGCAGGUAUAAGGAUUACAGAGAGCCUCCGUGGUCGGCCACUCCAUACGAGAUCUCGAAGGAGUUCUGGACCGUGCUGGCUGUUCGUCUGGCUUUUGUCAUUGUUUUCCAGAAUGUUGUGAUGCUGAUGAGUGACGUGGUGGACUGGCUAAUUCCAGACAUCCCUAAAGACAUCAGCCUCCAAAUUCACAAAGAGAAGAUUUUACUUGUAGACCUCUUCAUGAAGGAGGAGCAAGGCAAGAUCCAAAUCCUCGAGAGCAAGAGCAGCACAGGAGGCGCCGACAACUGCAACAAGGGCAACAACAGCACGAUAGCUCACCCGCGCUUUGGACCAGUCACCAGCAACACCGAGGGCGUCUAGUGCUCCUCGCCAUCGUUUCAUAAGUUGAGUCUUAUUCAGCAAGUGGACGCUUGCUACAGUAGUAGCCUGCUAGCUCAGGCAAACCAAGACUUCAGUUCUUUUCAGAGCAUUCCGACAGUUGGGAAAGCAGCUAGUUGAGGCGCGAGGAACGGAAAUGUGGAGCCAAGUCUGUGUGUGAAGCUGUUUCACUGCAACCCAGUUUGUUUGUGCGUACUGAUCUGUGAAUAUGUGCAGGAAUCUUUGAAUGUUUGUUCAGCUUUUAGAAUCUACAUAUACAUUGUAAAUGUGCAAAACAAUACUGCAUGAUAAGACCAGUACUGUAGCUCAGGCUACUCAGAUCUCAGAGUGUGCAUAAUAUAUACAUGUGUAUUAUGACGUCUACUCAAUAAACACUGUACAAAUGGCUUUUUGUUACGUGGGAAACAGAAUUGAUCAGGCUGUAAUUCUAUUGAAGUCAGGGGAGUAAAUACUCACACUGCUGUGGCAUUAUUUUUUUAACGUAGCCACAACCCUGGACCCUGUUAAAAUCUGUAUAGUAGUUGUGACUGAUGCUAGAUGUUUAACACACUUUAAUAACAGCCUGUCACAUGUUUCAACACAUUAUCUUACUGUAUAUAGUUGUUUUUUUUAUUUAUUUAUUGGGGCAAGGUUUGUUUACAACAUUAA